AUGUUACGGGUUCUUGCUGUGUGUUUGACGAUUUCUUGGUCAUUAUGCAUGACAGAAGAAGGAGCGCGUGCGGUUGGGGAAUUGAACGAAAGUCUGCAGAAGGUACAAAAUGAUGUGAACAAGGAUGUGAUCAAGAGUUGUACAAAGCUUUCACAAGGGAAACUUCUUCUCUAUGAGGCACCGCAAACCAAACGUUACAAACAACUCUUGGAGGAAAAGAAAAAAGCUAUCGAGAAUUUUGAGAAGCAAUCGGACCGAGCCACUGACUUUGCAACUGUUGUGGCCACCUCAUUUUUAAAAGUUGUCGGCGAUGCCCCAAAAGAUCUAGUGUCAAUGAGCAAAUCGCAUCUGGAUGAGGCGGCAGCCGCAGAGCAGAAACAGUUUCAAGAACUAAUCGAGGGAAGGACUGCGCUCGGUGAAUUGGUUGGCAAAAUGGAAUCGAUGGAUUUGGAGCACGUGGAUUUGCAUAAAGUGAUCGAAGUAUUGGGAGAAGCAAUGGAAUACUUGCAAAAGGUUCGUCGACAAUGGAACGAUUUGGUUCAAUUCUUUGACGACAUAAGAAAGAUUAUUGAUCAAAACAUCAUUGCGGACAAUUUGAAGAACGUUCUUGAAAAUAUGGAGCUCUUGCGAGAGGAUUCCCAAAUCGAUCUCGUAAUUUUGGAGUCGACUCUACGUUUAGUUAGCUAUUGCAUUCAAGUGGGAAACUCGGCAAGACUGUACCAGAUCGUUUCCGAGAAGCACAUCACUUCUAAGCUUCGUUAUGUUGCCGAUCGUCUCACACUUGACAAGGUAAAAGCCAAGCAACGGAAAGCACAAACUCGAAGAGAAGGCAUUCUUAUCAGGAUUUCUAAAUAUAUUGCGACUUUCUUCUCGAUGAGCACUAUACUGAAGAUGUCUACCUGGCUGUUAUUAGUCAUGCUGAUCAUUCCCUCAUUGUGCUCAUAUGUUGAGCAAUAUGAAAAUGUUGUGAGAUCUCUAGAACUUCAACGAACUUUUCUUCUACAAAAGAGGGAAUAUCGAGAAAGCAGCUAUUCAUUUAAGGAGUUGCUUCUUGACUUGCGUGAAAUGGUGGAAGCCGAUGAUUACGAUACUCAAGUUUUGAAACAAAUUGACGUUCUUGUGCCCCGUCUACAAGAAGAGAAAAUCGAAGUGGAAUCUUUUUUGAAAAAAAUCGAUGACCAACGAUUGGCGAUUUCAAAUGAACGAUCAGUUUUGGAACAACAGAAACGCGUUUUGGAGAACGAUCUCACGGAGAUCAGUAGAAAAUUGCAAAUGAUCAAUGAAGAGUACCACAGUCAUUUGAGCCAUCGAAGUCAGUUGCAAAGCGACUUCGACUAUGCAAAGGACCGAAUUCAUACAGCUGUGCGGCGAGCAAAACAGAGAGCACCGUCUUGGGCAAAAUGGGCUUGGCCAAUUGUUAUUGGUGUUGAUGAAAUAUCUGGGAAGGGAGAUCUCACCGCGAUGUCAAUCAGACUUGGAACCAUUGAUAUGAAUCUUCAUGAAGUGAGAGCGACUGCUCGGAGAGUUGAGGAGAAACGUAAGGUCAAAGAUGCUCACAAGCAGGAGUUGGACUCAAAGAUUGAGACUCUUGACAAAAAUAUUCAUACACUGCUGACUAUUCAUCGCCAGCUCAGUGACUGGAGUCAUCAUUUGAACCAAUGGAUUCGUUUUUUGAUUGAACUCAUUCCCCGUGGUACAUUACUUCAAGAAAACGUUCUUUUUGGAAACGAAAAAUUGAUCAACAAAAGUCUCAUCGCACUCAAAAACAGUUUAACCGAAUCUGGUAUGAGUGUUACCCUUGAGAAAUUGAUUCAAUCGGUCGACAAGCAUCUUGGACACAAACUUGUCAGCGCCAAUUUCAAGCAUUGUCUUGAUGAGUGUCUUAAUGGAUGGUCAUCAUUCAGCUCUUCGUGUUAUAAGGUUUUUGAAAGAAAACUAAUUCACUCAGACGCCGAGAGUUAUUGUCAACAAGAAGAAGCGCAUUUAGUUUCAAUUCACAACUUCGCCGAGAACUCUUUUGUUUUUCGACUCAGCAAGGACACGGGUUCUUGGUGGACCUGGAUUGGACUUCAGAGGAAUUCUGUCGAUAGAGCACGCUUUGAGUGGACAGAUGGGAGCUCGGUGCAUUUCACACAUUGGUCACCCAACGAACCGAAUCAACUGCAGGAGACUGCCGUGGCUAUGAAUCUACGGCAUCCGGAUUUGUUGAAAAAGUGGAACGAUUUACCUUCUGGGGACACCAGCCACACACCGAUUGUCUUUGUCUGCAAAAAACCGCGUUCGCUUGUGUGUUCU